AUGAAGUUGCGACAAGUGCUGAACAAGUUAAAGAAGGGAGAAGACCACGAUUCUUUGAACUCUGUACCGGGGGCCAUGUUUACAGCCGUGAGAGAAUUCUCCAACGAAAGUCAAGCUGAUGAAGUCAUCAACAACGCGUUUGAACCGCUCCAGGCCUGGAUCGACAAAGCAGACGAAGAAGAAAAGCGAGAACACCCAGGGGAAAACGCAAACGAGGAGCAGCGGAAGGAGAAGAGGAAGUUUACGACGAAGAAGGACAAGGCGGAGAAGGACAAGGCGGAGGAGGAGAACGCAGCAGCGGCGGCAGAGGAGGAACAAGACGUAGAAGCGCAGGAAGAGAAGGAAGCAGAAGCGAUGGCGAGGAAACAACUUCGAUCCCUCUGUGACAACCUUGUCAAGCGGGGAAUCGUGCAGUUGCCUGUUCUCAGCUGGAAGCAAGCGGAGGGGGCGGUCAAGGAGGGCUCAGUCUUCGCACAGUCCGAGAGGCACGCGAUGCAGAUCGCCGGGUUCUUGUUCUCCAUGUACGAAGUGAAAUACUGGUGGUUCGAGGUGCUGGAGCUGAUGCGGCGUCUGCUCACCUGCAUCAUCAUCAGCUUCUUCUUCACCGGCACCAUCUUCCAGGUCGUUGUGGGUCUCAUGCUCUUGUUCUUGUCUUUGGCAGCUCACAGUAGCCUCAAACCCUUCCAAGACAUUUCGCAAGACAAUAUGAUGUUCUAUGGCCUCAUCGCCAACUUUGCCACGCUGCUGUAUGGAAUCAGUUUAAGGCUGAUGGAGGUCAGCGAGCUUCGUAUCGAUUCAACGACGUACGAGCUUGACCUGGUUCAAAUUCUUCUAGUCGCCGCAAACAUCUUCGUCCUUGUCUUCCCAAUCACCCAGACACUCCUUGACCUUGUCAAUGAGCUAGACUCAAAGUGGUUAGACAGAAUGGAGCAGCAAGUCGACAAGGCCCUGUCAAGGAUAGCGCACAAUUGUCCACACCCAGGACACAGGAGGAGGACGAAGUAG